AUGGCCGAGAAAGAAGGCGCCGCUGUGCCCCCUCAGGCAAAGAGCUCGUGGUCAAGCUUCCUCAAGUCCAUCGCCUCUUUCAAUGGCGAUCUCUCGACUAUGACCGCGCCCGCCUUUAUCCUCUCUACGAAAUCCCUCACCGAGUUUUCGUCAUACUGGACCGAGCACCCGUCCCUGUUCGUCGCGCCUGCCGCCGAGCAAGACCCUGCUAAACGAGCUAUGCUGGUGUUGAAGUGGUUCCUAAGCACAUUGAAACAACAGUAUGCUAGCCGGUCCGAGAAGUUGGGUAGCGAGAAGAAGCCCCUCAACCCCUUCUUGGGGGAGCUAUUCUUGGGUAAAUGGGAAGAUGAGGCUGGCACCACGCAACUCGUGAGUGAGCAAGUCAGCCAUCACCCACCAGUCACUGCCUAUGCUAUCUGGAACGACAAACACGGGGUCCGGCUAGAGGGUUACAAUGCCCAGAAGGCAUCGUUCAAGACCACCAUCAAUGUCAAGCAAAUUGGCCAUGCCAUGCUUCAUCUGGAUGGCUUCAACGAGAGCUAUCUCAUUACUCUCCCUCCCCUUCACAUUGAAGGCCUUAUUACCGGCUCGCCAUAUGUGGAGUUGAACAGCAGCACCUACAUCCAAUCUUCAACCGGAUACACUGCACGCAUCGAUUACAGCGGAAAGGGCUGGGUAUCAGGAAAGAAGAAUACUUUCUCUGCAAUUCUAUAUCCCGAGGGAAAGGAAAAGGAUGUCAUUUACAAGGCAGAGGGACAAUGGAACGACACAUUCCAGAUCAAAGAUGCAAAGACCAAGACUGUCGUUGACACAUUUGACCACAAGACCACCAAGACGACACCCCUGACUGUCGCCGAAAUUGAGGACCAGGAUGACUUUGAGACCCGAAGGGCAUGGAAGAAGGUUUCAGAUGCUAUCAACUCGGGCAACAUGGAAUUGACUUCGGCUGAAAAGACCAUUAUCGAGACUCGCCAGAGAGAGAUGAGACAGCAAGAGAAGGACGAAGGUCGCGAGUGGGAGCGCAAGUUCUUCACUCGUGCAACGGAAUACCCACUGUUUGAGCAACUGGCCAAGAAGAUUGGCGAGAGCGUCAAUGACAGCCAGACAAACGGCGUGUGGAGCUUUGACAAGCAAAAGGCAGACACGGCUAAGUCACCCUACCACCCGACUGUUGUUCCUCCGAUCUACGAGCGAAAGUGA